UACACUUUCCUCUUUGUCUUUUCAGUUUUCCAUAUCUAUUCUUUUUUCUCUGAUUAAUGUUCUUAGCUUGCUUUUGCUCACUCUCUAUCUUCCUCCCUUAAUUUGCAGGGGCACUGCUCUCUUUUCCAUUAGGGUUUCCUCUUUGAGAACUCAUCACCCUAGCUACAAACAUAUAUACAUUAUACAAGUAGCUUAUAUAGUGAUCAUGAUCUCUCAAUGAUCAGCAGUGCCUAUUUCUUGAUCUUUGAAAACCCAAAGAGCAGGUAAUAGUAUUUUUGAUUUUAGUUGAAGGGUUGCAGAGAUUUCCACUCAACAUCAAGAAAAUAAGUAAAGAAAAAGAAAAAAAGGUACUGCCCUUUUUAUAUUCUGAUCAAAACUAGAAGUCCUGAUCAGUAACAGCAAGAAGAUAUAAUGGCAACAUCAAGCUCUUCAAACUCUCCUUGUGCUGCGUGUAAGUUCUUGAGGAGAAAAUGCAUGCCAGGUUGCAUUUUUUCACCCUACUUUCCUCCUGAAGAACCUCAGAAGUUUGCUAAUGUUCACAAGAUAUUUGGUGCAAGCAAUGUAACGAAGCUCCUUAAUGAACUGCUCCCUCACCAAAGAGAAGAUGCAGUGAACUCUCUUGCUUAUGAAGCCGAGGCCCGGGUUAAGGAUCCGGUGUACGGUUGUGUGGGGGCUAUCUCGUUUCUUCAAAGAGAGGUUCAUAGACUCCAAAAGGAACUUGAUGCUGCGAAUGCUGAUCUUAUCCGCUAUGCCUGCAAUGAAAUUCCGACAACUCUAAACACGACACUACAAUCUGGGACAAGUAACAUUCCCCCAAUGGUCACCAACCCUCAGCAAAGGCCAAUAAAUGUUAGAAUGGAAACUGAUGGAGGUUCUUUCUAUCAGAACACUUCAGGUUUGCUUCUUCCUUUUCCUCCUUUAUGGCUUGAUGGUCCCUCAGGAAACAUCCAUGAAAGAGGAGGAGGUGGUGGUGGUGUUGGAGGAGGAGGAGCAGACAUGUGAGGUAUAAUAUUUAAUAAAUUGGGUUAUCUUGAGAAUGAAGCUUACUCAAAAUGCAUCUAGGGUUGUCGCAUUUUCUGAUGAAUUAGAAAACCUAGUAGUAUAUGUUAAUCAAUUAUGUGAUGAACGGUCUGUGUUAA